AUGUGGUACCAGCUAUAUGUCGGAGUCGGACAGUCUCUACUGAGAACGAGCCCCUACUCUAGUUCCGGCUCAAGAGGGAAAGACGCGUCCUAUGAUGAGAAGGACAGCGGAAUCCUGUCAAUGAGUCCAAACGUCACGGCACCUCAGAAUGGACAACGCUGGAGGUUCAAAAGCAUCACUGCGAUCAACAACGACAAAUACUCGAGUAUCAACUUGGUCGGUGCAGUAGUCGCCACAUCUAGCAACCUCUCCUGACCUGCACCUUCCUCAUCUCCUUCCUCCACAAACUCCAACACAAACACCUCUACCUCUUUCUAUCCUCUCC